AGAAAAGUGGAGUAGUUCAGGACGUGAUUUUCCAGGCUGUUCUGAUACUAAGCCAUGGUGUCUACAGUUCUUGCUGUGACACUAUCUGUCACCAUCCUCCACCUAACAACAGGUGUGAGCUUUGUGACACCUGACCAUGAGGCUACUCCCACAGCAAGUCCUGGUCCCCAUCCAUUGGGUGAGCUGAUCCAUGCAGCCCUUCUGAGUAAGGAGUACCUGGGCCAUGCCUCAAUCAAUACAGGCACAACAACCAAACCUAUUCAGGCUGUACCACAGCUUGGGCAGACUGAGCCUGCAGCCACUGUAAUGCUACCAGGGGUGCUAACCACAGCCCUGACUUCAUCGCCCCCAGCCAGCCAAUCAGGAGCAGGAAAAACUGUAACAUCACCCACAGAGGAGGAGACGACAACCACUUUGAUCACCACCACAACCAUCACCACAGUGCAUAUGCCGGUGCAGUGCAAUGCCAGUCUCUCUGGGAUGGAGGGCAUUGUGGAGUCUCCAAAUCUCUCUCCUCAUCCCCUUACUCUCCUCUGGAGUGCAUCUACAGCAUCACAGUGUAUCCGGGUUAUGGAGUGGAAAUUCAGGUAA